AGCUGCCGAUCCAAACCAAAAGCGGCGGUGCGCGCUCCUUCCCCUCGUCCACACCCCACAACUUGACCCCCACCCUACACACACACACACACCCGGCAAGACAAGAGCAGAGCAGAGCACGAGCGCGAGCAGCCUAACUCACGCCUCCCCUCCCCACUGUGCCUGCCUCUGCCCGUUCAUUCCCUCCCAUCCCCGGUUCCGUCUGUCCCCACCGAGCUCCACGCAUCCGGCCAGCUCCCCCGCCGGAUCUGGGCCGGAGGAGGGGCGCCCGCCUCCCUCUUCUGCUGCCCGCAUCUAGCCAGCCAGCCAGCCAGGAGCGAGGAAGAGGAGGAGGAGGAGCAGGAGGGGGAAGGAGGGAUCGAGCGGCGGCGAUGAAGGCGGUGGAGCGGGCGAAGCUGGUGCGGAGCCUGCGGCAGGAGUCGCGGCGGCUGCGCCUGCUCGUGCUCGUCAUCGGCUUCUUCCUCGUCACCCUCACCUUCGUCGUCCUCUCCAAGCCCGACGCCCUGCUCUUCAACCUGAACGGCCGGCUGUCGGUGGACGACGCGCCGCGCUCGCUCCUGAUCCGCCAGGCCACCGACGCCACUGCCGGCGCCGACCCCGACCAGAGAUCCGCCGCCGCCGCCGCCGCCGCCCAGGACCCCAAGGUGCUGGACGACUUCGAAGACGCCGAAGCCAACACCAAAGGGACCACCAAAGACUCGGAGGAGAGGGCGCACACCGUCCGCGAUCCUCAGCAGAGCGCCAAAAAGGGGCCUGAACCCCGGCUGUUAGGCACUAGUGGAGGUGAAGGGGAGAAGAAAGGGCAUCGCAAGGUGACCCUCCCAACCGUCUCGAACUAUACCAUCCGUGACGCCGAGGACGGCGACAAUGCCAAGCCGCAGCAAGGUAGCAAACCAGAAACAGAAAAUAAGCUUGAAAUGGUCGCCGGCAAAGGCGACGGAUCUCAGCAACAAGAUUGGGAUAACGCGGAAUGGGAGAGCAAGCCACUUUGUGAUUUCUCAAACUUCAGAGCUAAUGUCUGCGAGAUGCGGGGCAACAUCAGGAUUCACCCAAAUGCGAGUUCGGUGAUGUACAUGGAACCUGCCAGCUCAAAGAGAAAUGAGCUGUGGAAACUUAAACCCUACCCUCGUAAAGGUGAUGAACUCUGCCUCAGCAAAGUUACAGAGCUGACGGUGAAAUCAAGCAAGGUGGCACCUGAGUGUACCAAGUACCACAAUGUGCCCGUUGUGGUCUUUGCUCUGACUGGAUACACCGGAAACCUGUUCCACGACUUCACCGACGCGCUUGUCCCCCUCUUCACGACGGCAAGUGAGUUCAAUGGCGAGGUUCAAUUCCUCAUCACAGAUAUGGCUAUUUGGUGGACAAGGAAGUACCAUGUGGUGUUUAAGAAGCUAUCCAACUACCCCUUGAUAGAUUUCAACAAAGAUACUGAUGUGCAUUGCGCCAAGCAUGCUAUUGUUGGCCUUCAUGCUUACAUGGAGUUCACCAUUGACCCCUCCAAGGCUCCUCACAACUACACCAUGGUGGAUUUCAACAGAUUCAUGCGCAGGACGUAUGAGUUGCCUAGGGAGGCCGUGUCUGCGCUCGGCGAGAUCCCCAAGGCCAAGCCGAGACUGCUCAUCAUCUCAAGGCAGAGAACAAGAAUGUUCCUCAACCUCCCGGAGAUCAUCGCAAUGGCCGAGGGGCUGGGUUUCGAGGUCGUGGUCGAGGAAGCCAACGUGAGCUCCGACCUCUCCCAGUUCUCCAAGGUGGUGAACUCCGUCGACGUGAUGAUGGGCGUCCAUGGCGCCGGGCUCACAAACUGUGUCUUCCUGCCACACAAUGCCACGUUGAUCCAGAUCGUGCCGUGGGGUGGCAUAGAAGGCGUGUGCCGGAUCGACUUCGGCGACCCGGCGGAGCAGAUGGGCCUGCGGUACAAGCAGUACAGCAUCGCCGUGCACGAGAGCAGCCUCACCGACCAGUACCCGCUGGACCAUGAGAUCUUCAAGAACCCGCUGGCCUUCCACAAGGGGUUCGAGUUCAUCAAGGAGACCUUCAUGGACAAGCAGAAUGUCAGGCUUGACUGCAACCGGUUCAAGCCUGUGCUGCUGCAGACCCUUGAUCUGCUAAACCAAUAAGAUAAGAACUACUGAUCCGCCAUUGGCCAUUGUAUUAGAUGGUUCUCCAUACACCUUUUUUUUUCUGUUUCACCCUUCUUCUCUUCUCUUUUCUUCUCUAGUAAAAAUUUGUUGAUCGCCUUCUAGUACAUGAGCAAGGAACAGAGUUAUCUGUCUAGAAUUACAUGGAUAUGAAGCUGGGAUGUCCAUGAUUUGUCGUUUAUAGCAUAUUUAUUGUCUGGAAAUAGAAGAAAAACAAUACAUUUUUUCUUUGUAAAUUGUUGUACACCUGUUGCCGUAUUGGGCAUGGAAAUAUCAGUGCAUGAGGCGUAGUGAUCA